CAGAACGGACGCCACUCACACGCACUACACGUGAACCUCUCGGAGUGACAACACUACUGUAAACAAAUAAACGGUUUUUUUGAUUUGUUAUUCGAAGUAUUAUGUGCGAAGUGGUUUUAAGUUGAAACUGAUAUCAAUACUGUAAAAAUGGCAACGGGAAAUAUUAUACGACAAUGCAUGAUGUCCAGGCAUCGCCGGCUUUCCACCUCAUCCCCGCGAAGGACAUCAACAUCUCCGCAGCGUCACAACGCUGUGGCACCAGCUAUUAACCAAGCUAAUUACAAGCGCUUUUCCGAGAUCCCUGGGCCUAUAGCGCUGCCGGUUAUGAAGCACCAUGAACACGUGCUGCCGAGGAUAGGAUGUUUUCAUCAUGCUGUUGGACUUGGCUUGCUAGAUGGACUCAAGGAAAAGUAUGGCAGUCUGGUUCGUUUGGCGAAAGCCUCCAGAAAGCGGCCAGUGCUUUAUGUAUUUGAUCCUGAAUUAAUGAGAGAGGUCUAUAACAGUAAUGCGACUGAGCCUCCGACGUGGGUUGGAUCGCCGUUGGAAUUACAAAGGAAGACGAGUGAUUGCCCAAUGCACAAGAAUGAAUCAAAUGCCAUAUGGUCAGCUCUACAUAUCAUCUUACAAGACGGAACAUUACUGAAAAGUUACGAAAAAGCAUUUGACGAUAUAUCUGAAGAUACAAUUCGAAGGUUAGGCGAGCUCCGGCACGCAGGGAACGCGUUAAACGAAGAAAUAUUAACUGAAGUGUACCGUUGGGCUUUGGAAACCAUCGGUGUUAUGAUGUUUGGCACCAGACUCGGCUGUCUUAACGGAACGGUGCACGUGCCUACAGAAGAUAAUAGAAGACCAGAAAAGACGUCAAUGGACGAUGACAUCAAAGACCUCUGCUCUCUAUCACAGCGUUCCAUAGACGAUUUAACGGCAGCGGAACAAUUAGUGCGAUGCUCACUCGAAAUUGCUGACGAAAAUUAUUUAGUCCGGAGCGAAACUACGCUUAGACCAGAUACACAAGGGUUUAAGGAUGCUGUGAGGAUUUUUGAUAGGCAUUUCAGUCUCACGGAACAUUUCCUAGCUGAAGCUCGAAAGAAUCUAGACUCAAGCGAUAUUAAACCAGAACAGAUCCUUCUCGACAAACUAAAACCACUUGGUGAAAAGAUGCUCCCCCUUGCAGCUGAUGUGUUCCUUGCUGGCGUUGAUCCACUAGCUCAAACAGCGCUAAGCAUGUUUUACACAUUAGCCCUCCACGCGGCGCAGCAGCAGCGAGCCCACGACGAAAUUGUUUGGUCCAGAGCGUCCAAAGACGCUGGUGUGGAAACAAACGAGUUGCCCUACAUCAGUGCGUGUGUGAGAGAGGCUCUCCGCUUGAAACCAGUUACGGGCGGAGUGGUUAGACGGAGCGUAGAGGAGUUUGUCGUUGAUGGAUAUGAAGUUCCAGCUGGGGUGGACAUAGUCCUCGCACACGGAGUAUCAAGCAAGACUGAACAAGAAUGGGGCAGAGCCAAGUCGUUCAUACCGGAACGUUGGUGCAACGAAGGUUGGGCGCCUAUAAAGGCGUCAAGAGCACAUUCCUUCGCCUCUCUACCAUUCGGCCAAUCCUGUCCAGCCUCCGGCAUCGUCUCCCACAUGCUGUCGGCUCUCGCUACUCGGAUGCUGGAUAAAUACAGACUAGAAUGGCAUGGACCACAACCAAAAUUAGUCACCAGUGGCGUGAACAAACUCCAACGGCCAUAUUACUUCGUGCUGCAGAACGCUUCGUGAAUUAAAAUUUCAUCCAAUUGGAUUUACGACAUUUUACGCAUACCCUUUUAGGGCAAAGAAGGAAUUGGGAAUAGCGCAAACGCAUGCAAUGUGUUUGUUAUUAUGUAUUAUUACGUGUAACGGUGUAGUUUUAUUUGUUCUGUGUUACAUGUUACACUUUUAAUGUAAACUAAAUAUUUUAUUGAAAUAAAUAUUUUGAUAUUAUUUCA